CGGAUGUGCGCGGCGGCGCGUUGCCGGCCGGCGGCCACGGACUUCCGGUGCCGUCCUGGUGCGGGGCGCCGCGGCGCUGAGUGUGGGGCCGGUGGCGUCUGCCGGGCGGGUCGCGUCUAUGGUCGCCGCGCGGGCCGCUCCCCCCGCCGGCGCUUUCUCGUCAGGGCGCGCGCUGGGCCAUGGCCGGGAACUUCUGGCAGAGCUCCCACUACCUGCAGUGGAUUUUGGAUAAGCAGGACCUGCUGAAGGAGCGGCAGAAGGACCUGAAGUUCCUGUCGGAGGAGGAGCACUGGAAGCUGCAGAUCUUCUUCACCAACGUCAUCCAAGCAUUAGGCGAACAUCUUAAAUUAAGACAGCAAGUCAUUGCCACUGCUACGGUCUAUUUCAAGAGAUUCUAUGCCAGGUAUUCUCUGAAAAGUAUAGAUCCUGUACUAAUGGCUCCUACCUGUGUGUUUUUAGCAUCCAAAGUAGAGGAAUUUGGAGUAGUCUCAAAUACAAGACUGAUUUCUGCUGCUACUUCUGUGUUGAAAACUAGAUUUUCAUAUGCUUUUCCAAAGGAGUUUCCUUAUAGGAUGAACCAUAUACUAGAAUGUGAAUUCUAUCUUUUAGAACUAAUGGAUUGUUGCUUGAUAGUGUAUCAUCCUUAUAGACCUUUGCUCCAGUAUGUGCAGGACAUGGGCCAAGAAGACAUGCUGCUUCCCCUUGCAUGGAGGAUAGUGAAUGACACCUACAGAACUGACCUCUGCCUCCUGUACCCUCCCUUCAUGAUCGCUCUAGCUUGCCUGCAUGUAGCCUGUGUUGUACAGCAGAAAGAUGCCAGGCAGUGGUUUGCUGAGCUUUCUGUGGAUAUGGAAAAGAUCUUGGAAAUCAUCAGGGUCAUUCUAAAGCUGUAUGAGCAGUGGAAGAGCUUUGACGAGAGAAAGGAGAUGGCGGCCAUUCUCAGCAAGAUGCCGAAGCCCAGGCCUCCUCCCAGCAGAAAUUCCCUGAGUGACUCUCCACUAGUGGCAGGGCCCGAAGCUGCAAGAUGAUGACGGACAAGAUAAGGCAAUCAUCCUAUUGCCACAGUUACUGUGAAGGAGAGCAGGGUGCAAAUGGAAGUCAGAAGUCUAGCUACAGCCAGUCCUAAAACAUUCCGAAGAAUCCUAGUGGACCUCUUGGAAGUAAACCAGUGGACAGAUUUCAGUAAUGUCUUCAGCGGAACACAAAUAAAUGAACAUGAGUAGCUUGUUUCUGUCAGUCCUAUGGGGAAGUGAUUUUUAUUUUUGCAAAACAAGUUUUUCCUUAUCUAAUUUUAUUCCAGAGCAUAACUGAUUAAGAUCUCUUGAUUAUGAAAGUUUAGAAAAGUUCUAAGGGGGCCUACAGACAGACAGAUAAAGACAUGUCAAAAUUAAUAAGAUCAGUAUUAUUUGGAAAAUGGAGAUGGCCAUUGAAGAAACAGAAAUCAAAGACAUUAAAAAGUCAAAUAAGUGAAAGGGUUUUUUUCCUUCCCUCAAGUUAAACUUAAAAGUUGUAUGUACUGAAUCAACUCUUAACAUGAUCCUGGAAUAUUUUGUUAAUGAUGUUACUUCAGGGAAAUCAGUGACCUGCUGAUUUUAAAUGGCAUUUUAUUCAAUAAUUUUGAUAUUACACCGUGGGAAAUACUAGCCCAGCCUAGCAGACACGUGCAGUGCGCACAGCAUACUCUGACAUUUUAAAGGUCACACUGAAUGCAUAACCAUUUGGAAAUGCUGGGCAAACAGUUUUUAAAAAAACAAAAUAAAACUAUCUGCAAUUAAGUCCCAGUUAAUCAGGCAUUUUGAGAGCUAAUUUAUAAGACAAUAUAAUAUGACUGAAAUUGGGUAACUUUUUAAUGCUACCUUUUAUUCUACUGUGAAACGUUUUUAUAUGAUGCACACUCUAGUUUUGAUGUCGUCUUGUGGAUUUUCAAAUUCACUAUGGGACCCUGAGCCAGGACCCCAUCAGGGGUCGGGUCAGCUUGGCCCUGGCUGUUAGUUCUCAUGUAGGACUCGAGCCUGAGUGUCUGUCAGUGGGCUUGUACUGUCUGUGAAACUUCGUGAUCAUUUUCUUCCGACUUGAAGGAGAGUAAUAAAAACUCGAGCCAUAGGAUAAUUAUGUACAAUUUAAAGAUUUGAUUUUUUUAUAUAUAUAUAUAAAUCAAUUGUGGAAAUGUGUUACUGGAUUAUUGACUUACUAGAAUGAAAACUACAAGAAUAAAAGUAAGUUCUCCAGCUA